CGCAGCACCAACAACAACCUCCUCCUCCUCCUAAGAAUCUCUCAUCUGAGAUACAGACAGAUUAAUCAACGCCCGCACCUCCUAUGGGCACGACCGGCGACGCUCCGGCUCCGGCGGGGGAUCCGCAGGACCGCCACCGUACCCACCCCCCGGCGACGAAGCAGCGGACGACGCUGGUGUUCACGUACGGGACGCUGAAGCGCGGCUUCUCCAACCACCGCCUCCUGGAGGAGCUCUUCGCGAGCGGGGACGCGUCGCUGGUGGGCCCCGCGGUGACGUCGGCGCGGCUGCCGCUGGUGUGCGGGCCGUACCGGGUGCCGUUCCUUCUGAACCUCCCCGGCGCCGGCGCCGGGGCGCACCGCGUGCGCGGGGAGGCGUACGCGGUGACGGCCCGCGGGCUUGCGCGGCUGGACGAGCUGGAGGGCGUGGAGACGGGGCACUACGAGCGGCUGGCCGUGGCCGUGGACCUCGAGGGCGGCGGCGCGGUGGAUGCGAUCGCCUACUUCGCGCACCGGAGCUACGCCAACGACAUGUGGCGGCGCAGCGGGGAGAAGGGCGUCCCCGAGUACACCCACGGCGUGGCGGCCGGGUAUGUCCGGCGCAAGGACCGGCCGCAGGGGCAGACGUUCCUGGAGCAGAUCCGGAUCUUCAAUUCGUCUCCUCCCAAUCCGCUUAAUAAUCCCUCCUAGCUCGCGCGCUGCCUCAACUCCUUCAAUUCAAGUUUCUCCGAUCCGUGUCAUACAUGAUUAUGGGAUGUAUGUGGUCAGAUCGAGAAGGUGUGUUAUAUUUAAUCUAGACAUGGUCUAUAUUUUAUUUAAUUAUGUCAAAUAAAUUUUGUUGUAUUGGGU